UCGGUCAACGACAAAACGAACAAUAUACUCACACGUUUGAACGUCAAAACUCAACUUGAACUCAUCAAAAAUUGACGAAGGUUCAGUAUACAUAGAUAAUUCGCAGAGAGCAGUGACAAUAUCUACGAAAAAUUUAUAAUGCUCAUAAUUAUUUUAAAACUCCAAUGUUCGAGCAUCUACAAUUACUUAUAUAUUUGGCUUCUGUAAAGAGCAGGUUACGUAUAUACAUAUGUAUGUGUGCACUUCAAGUUAUUUCUACGUAUAUGCAUAUUUGUAUGGGCAAACAUUUUUAACCGUUCGCGCAUAACCAUACAUAUGUAUGUGUGCUUGUAUGACCACAACUAGUGGUGCAGUGAUUGACACACAAUUUGUAUGCUUCUGGUUUUUUUUAAAUAUUCCACAAUUUACCAUGUUUUGAUUUUUAUAUCGCAUCACAUUAUGGUGGAUGAAUCAAACCGGAUGCAAAUACAAUGUAUGUUAGCAGAUAGCCACCAAUACACACACACAUAUUUACAGCAGUGCAUAUAUGUAUAAGUAAUACAUAUAUUAAUAUAGGACAAUAACAUUUAAUUGUGGCUUUAAAUGUUUGUGUAGGAUAAAUAUUUUCUAUUUAUUAUUGUUGUAAUUGUAAUCAAUGAAAGCUUGGUAUAUGUAAUUUUGUUUAAUAUGUUGGGAUACAAGAUUUUGUAAAUGAGCAUAACAGUAUAAUUAUUAAUUAAAUAUGAGGAUGAACGCCAAUAUGCCAUAUAUCGAUGUACAAUACUUUUUCUGCACUGCUUAUACAAGAUUUGGUCAAUUUAUUUAUAAAUUUUAUAUAAUGUCUCCUGACUGAUUUUUUCAUUAAUCGAUAGAUUUCUUCAAUAUACGACUACUAGUUCGAUUUCUUCCCAUCACUAAGUUGAUCGAGAAAUAAAUAUGAGAAUAACACAAAACGGAAUGCCAAGAAAUGUCGAAAAGUUAAAAAAAAGAGAGGAAACCAACGACGACGCGAAAUAAUAGAAAUUCAACGUUCUCUGCGCAAAGUCGAUUAACCGCUGUGUUUUCCACCUUCAGUUCAGUGUUAAAAAUUCAACGUGAUGCAAUUAGUAGUUGCAAUUAGGUGAAGAAUUCAGUUGGUUUAGUUUUUCGAGCGCGUGUUAUUUAUUUUUAUUUUCCUCGUUAAUUCCAUUUUUGCCGAGUUCUCAUAUUAUUAACAAAUUAUUAUUGUAAAACGAAUCUUCCUCAGCGUAGCAGUGAAAUUAUGGCAAUUGCAAAACAGUGAAAUUUAGUGUGUAAGCUCACGAAAUACAUAUGUGGUGAAGGUAGUGGCAAUAAUGAAACUAUUGCAACCCAAAGAGAAAUGAAAUAAAAGUGUAGUGAAGGUACGAAAACCAAACAAUGCAGCUUCAGAUAAAUAUUUUGUACGAGUAUUUAUAUUUUUACAUUGUGUGGUAAUACCAAUAAAAUUCGAAGUGGCAUUGAAAAGUUUACUUAUUUUUUUAUAUAAUUGCAAUAUGCAUGUAAUGCAAAUAUCAAACAUUAGAAGGAGUACCUUAGUUUUCCUUAUUCUGUAUUCAUUGCUGCAUCGUGGAAAACUGACAAAUGCAACAAAUGAUGUUGAAAAAAAAACGAUUGAAACGGAAUCUUUAACCCACAACGUAGUACCCAGUGCAAAUCCGACUUUUACAGAUGGGGCACCGGCCAUAACAACAGCAUUACCGGGGAUACCUCCGCCACAAGUGAACCUAAAUAAAUGCUGUCGGUACAAUGAGCACAUGGAUAUGAAUAAAACUUGUGUAAUGGGCAAUUCCAAGUUAUGGGUGCCCUUGAUCUAUCGUAUUAUGCAACGAAGAUAUCAUAGUCCUCAAGGUGGAAAGCCGAAGUUUAUGACAUUCCAGGAAAAUGUACGUCCAAUCGUAGAUGUGGACAAUAAUAAUUCCAGUGAGGAUGUGUCGAUGGUGAAUGAUGCAAAAGAAACAAAACGUAGUUGCACCGAGGAAGAAUUGGAACUUUUCUCUGCAGGCGGAAAUUGGUUAAUAUUUUCUAAUGGUUCUUUAUUUUUGGGUGAGAGGAAACAAUUUAUCGAACCCCAGCGAUAUUGUGUUGAUAGAAAUGUGGCGCUAGUCUGCUUUCCUAGAGGGCAAAAUUCUCAGCAACGAAUAAAAAUAAGAAAAUGCUGCGGUUGGAAUGGAAUUUAUGAUGCUACAAACGAAACUUGCAUAUUUCCCAACAGUAAUGAUGAUACUAACGUUAUUAGUACACCUGAAUUGCCUUUAAAUGAAAGCUUGUACCAGACAAUAUACGGGUUUCCCACAUGCCACCAUAAAGUUGUACCUUAUGCCAUUGCGGGGGAUUGGAAUGAAAACCAAAUGGAUGACGAGGAUGGAAGUCUGAAAUUGCCACAUAAAAACAUAUCUACGGGUGAUUAUUGCCUUGAACAUUUUCGUGAAAAGGGCGUAAUUGUUACAGUUAAAAUAUUCACAUGUCUUCAUCACUUUUCUACCGAAGCACCUGCUAAUGCUAUAGCGGCUGUCCGUAGCACUACUAGUAAUAUGGUUCAAGCAGCAGCGCUUAACAUUGGAAUCGUAAUUUCAGUGGUUUUUCUGGCAGCUACGUUGAUAGCUGGCUAUAUGAUGCCCUCUGUUCAUCAUAUGCUUCAUUGGCGUUGUCAGAUUUACUACGUUUUUUGCUUGUUUGUUGGAGAUUUAAUACUCGCCUACACACAAUUAUCCCACUCGCUUGAACAUGGUUCAUUCACCUGCCUUUUACUUGCUAGCACAAUGCAUUUUUUCUUUCUAUCUGCUUUCUUUUGGCUAAACACCAUGUGUUUCAAUAUUUGGUGGACAUUUCGCGACUUUAGACCAAGCUCUCUCGAACGCAAUCAAGAACUGUUACGUUUACGACUAUAUUCGGCGUACGCUUGGGGUGUGCCCUUAUUGAUAAGCGCAAUUGCUUUUACAGUAGAUCAUGUGCCAGAGACACAGUUAUUACGACCAGGAUUUGGCGAACGUAGUUGUUGGUUUAGCGGCGAGCAUUUAUCAAUUUUUGCAUACUUCUUCGGCCCAAUUGGACUUUUACUGUGUGCUAACAUUGUACUUUUCAUAUCAACUACUCAUCAAUUAACAUGCGGUUUGUGGAAGCGAGACGAUGUCAAAUCGACCACCGAAAAGACCGCACUGGGGAAAGUAUGUUUAAAACUAGUCGUGGUAAUGGGGGUUACCUGGAUAGCCGACGUAAUAUCAUGGGUAGUUGGAGGACCCCAUUCUGUUUGGUUUUUUACUGACAUGAUAAAUGCUUUGCAAGGUGUGUUUAUUUUCAUUGUGGUUGGUUGCCAACCACAAGUUUGGGCCGCUUGUAAGCGUUUUUGUUGUCCCCGUUCGCGACAAGAGAUUACAAACACAACAAAUGGCGUACAGCAUUCAAGUUCUUCACAAGGUUUACCAUCGGUCGGAGGAUAUGCAGGUGGGGAAGUUACGCAAAAUACAUCAGUAAAUACCACAUCUGUAAGUGGUAGCCAGCAGACGCAAACAAAAAUACCAAUGGAAACAGUAUGUUAAGCCUCUCAAAGUACUUACAAAAUUUCAUGAACAACAGUCGCCAUGCUUUUCUUUUCCUGCCUGCAGAAGAUUUAAUUAUAUAAGUGUUUUCUUUGGUUUAACGAAUUGCCAUUGGUAAACUAUUCUUACGCUAUCGCUAAUAUUUUAAUUCUCCUCACAAUACAAAUUAUUUAACGCCUUAAGACUAGGAUAUUUUAUUUAUAAAGCUACGCUAAUAUACUUUAUUCAUGAAACUUCACUAUAUACAGCGAAAUUUCGGUAUGUCAUGCGGUAAACCAACUAAACCACACUCACGUACCGAGUAUAUUAAGCAACAGCUCAGUUUGCACAAUAUAAAUUUGUUUGCUUUAUUUUACACAUUUAUUUGCAUACACAUACACACAAACAAUACAAAUGCAUUUAUAUUAUUUUAAGCCAAAAUUCAGAGGUAAAAAUUGUUUUUUUUUUAUUUAUUUUCGAAUAUUUACAUCCACACAUACAUACAUACAUACGUUUAUUAUUGAAUAUUACUCACGCUGCUACGUUGCUGUUGACUUUGUGCGAUGUGUGUAUGUAUCGCUGCUCCACUAUAUAUGCCUGUAAGCUUUACCUUUGCUUGAGUAUUUUGCAAAAUUGUUAAUUUAAAUAAAUAAGAUAUGAAGUGUAUACAUAAGCCUUAAAUAUUUGUAUUGAGUUUAUGCUCAUAUGCUCAAUUUGCUUGCUCUAAACAAUUUUUUUAAAGAAAAUGCUGAAUUUUGAUCAGUUAUCUACAAACAUACAUAUGUACGUAAAGGCAUGCUAAAAAAUUAACAAUUAGCGCAAAAUUUUAAUUACAUACAAAAUAUUACAAGAAAUGUAACUUUUAUGACUGAAUGCGCGCAGCUACUCUUAUGAAUUGUAUAAACUUUUCACGUGUUUUUAAAUUUGUUAACUAUGUAUUAUUAUUUUUUUAAUUUUUAUUUUAUUUUAUAAGAAAUUGUACAACAAUUAACAUAUUAUAGUUAGUCAUUUUGCAUUAAAUUAUACUCGAAUAAAUGAGAACAACGAAUAUUGCUGCUAUAAAUUUACUUUAAUUGUAUGUGUAAGCAACUUUACAUACAACUUUAUGUAUUUUAUCUUUUAAUGUAUAUGAUAUUAUUGCGGCAAAACUGCAGUGUCAUAAUUGUAGUAACAUAAUUUUUUAAUUACACUAGUAUUCAAAUUUGCACAAAGUAUGCGAAUUAGCGCAUCAACGUCUCUCAUACAUUUUACUUAAGACAAUAAACGUAUUUUCGUAAUAUACAAGUAUAUAUACAUACUACACACUUAAUACAAAAAUUAUACAUACAUAUAUAUGUACAUAUUGCAUAUGUAUGCGUGCACUUAAACAACUACACAGUUUAUGGAAAAGAAAGUUAACAUUUAAUUAAAACAACUUACUGAACAUGAAAAUAAAAUCGAAAUUCUUAAAGAAAAGAGAGUCUAACUGAAUAUAACAUAGAUUAUAUAUGUCUUACGAGUAUUUACAAGGACUGUUUAAAAAAUAUUUCUGCCAAAUCGAAAAAA